AUGGCGACCGAAAGCAAACCAGGCCUUUGGUCUAACGAUCCAGACGCCUAUCCAACUGCAUCUAGAGACCCAUCUGUUGGGAAAGAUUCACCACCAAUGUCACCAGGAAACGGAACUGCUUUACCACCUAUCCCAGAGGCCCGACAAGCGCCGCCACGGCCUCACGUUGAUACCAAUAUAAGCAAUGGGACAGAAUGGAACGAGAAGAAUGGUGAUAUCGAGACUCCACCAGGGCCAGGCCGUAUGCGAAAGUCUUCCACCAUCAUGUCUGCCAUGACAAAGGAUAGUUUCGAUUUAGAGCUUGACCCUCUGCCUUACAAAGACGCCGGCAUCACAGAAAUACAAGUGCGACCGAAGAAACUAGUUUUAUUCUUCGACGGCACAGGAAACAAGUUCCAGGGAAACAUGUCUGAUACGAAUAUUAUUAAAAUGUAUCAGAUGCUCGACAAGCACGAUCCCCAAGUCUACUUGUAUUAUCAACCUGGUAUUGGAACAUACGUCGCUGGCGAACACGACUUCGCGCCAGGGCCAUUCUCAAAAAUGAAGCGAUUCAUCGAUCAAUCAAUAGAUCAAGCUGUCGGUACCAGCUUCGAUCACCAUGUUAUCCAGGGCUAUCAAUUUAUCAUGCGAUACUAUAGCCCUGGCGACAAAAUCUAUAUUUUCGGCUUCUCCCGCGGCGCAUACACUGCCAGAUUCCUUACCCAAAUGGUCAUGUACGUUGGCCUAUUAUCCCGCGGAAACGAGGAAAUGGUCCCCUUUGCCUACAAGUCCUUCGCAAAAUUCGAGCGUCUCAGGCGUCUAAAAACCAAGAGAGCAAACGUCAUCCGGAAACAUAUGACCCAUUUUAAGGAAACAUUCUGCAGAACUGGUGUCAAAGUCCACAUCCUCGGCCUUUACGAUACAGUCAACUCGGUGGGUAGAUUCGAACUACCGCUACUGAGAAAGAGUUUCCCAGAAUCACAGCAACCGGCUGCAGACCACGUGAGACACGCUGUUGCGAUUGAUGAACGACGGCUGAAGUUUAAGCCUAGUUUAUUCGCGCAGAUGCAAGGAUGGAGACGAGAAGAUCACGAUGUCAAGGAGGUCUGGUUCCCUGGUAACCAUGCGGAUAUCGGCGGUGGUUGGACACCAGAGGAAGGCGUUCCCAUGAUCAGUGAUAUCGCUCUGGCGUGGAUGUUGGAAGAAGUUUUAGCGAUCGAGGACAAGUGCGUCGGUAGAACGAGCCCAGACAGACUUCCUUGGAAAAUGGAUGAAGUAGAAAAAGUGUUCCAUGCGGCUCAAAAUCAAGUUGGUGUUGCAACCAUCCACGACGCUCUCAAGUUCAAUGGAGGGUGGUCACAUGUCGGUGUUCUGAGCUGGUGGGUUCUCGAGGUUCUUCCCCUGUUUACCCGUUUGGAGCUUGAAUUCGGCCGCUGGGUGCCGCGACACUGGCCUCCAAAUCUAGGGUUCACCCGAGACAUUCCUGACGACGCGGUAUUCCAUGAGAGCGUGCAUAGAAGGGAACGUGCUGGGUGUGGGUAUUUACCCGGAAACGAUGGAUACAUGGCUUGCAAAAAAUCAACUCCUGAGACAGAGCAUGAGCAUUGCAAGCACUGUGACCACCGGAGGAGGAGCAUUGAGCUCGGCCAUAAAGGUCACCACCAUGGGCAUUUCCAUAUGCAUAUGUGA